AUGUCUACACGAAUUCCAAGAAUUUUUCAACCUGGUAAUCCUCAAAGAAGAGUUUUCCUUCCUGAUUUUUGGAUGAAAUUAGUACCAACACCAAAAUUUGGUAGAGAAAGAGUUCCACCUAAUGUAGUUAAAUUUGAAGUAUCUUUACAAAUGUCAAGAAAUGACGUUCGACAAUAUUUAGAAAAAAUUUACAAAAUUCCUGUUUAUGAUGUAAGAAUAAUGAAUAAGAUGGGUGAUAUAACGUGGUCUGCUCCAUUAGAUAAAAAUUUCCGUAGAGCUUUAUGGAAAGAAGAAGAUAAAAAAAUUGCUUUUGUUUAUAUGCCAAAACACAUUAAAUUUGAAUAUCCAACUCUAUUUGAUGAUGCUAAAUUUGAAAAAGAGUUAGAUGAUAUGAAUACACAACAGGAUUCUAUUGUAGACAAAGGUUCUCCGUUUUAUAAUUAA